AUGUCACUUAACAACUCUCUCAUCCCCAUGCCCAACAGCAACGUCAUGGAUAUCGCCCCAGACGACUCCCAGCACAUGUCCCUCCGCAUCGAGCUCUUCCCCACCGACCUCCCAUCCUUGGUCGACUUCUACACCCGGAUUCUCGGCUUCACCCUCCUCCGCGAGUCCAAGGGUUACGCAUACAUGGGUCGCGGCAGCGUUCGGAUUGGCGCCGCGUCCGCGUGGGAGACUGUCGACAGCCACUCACGGAUGGUACCUACGGGCACGGAGAUUGUGCUCGAGGUGGACGACCUACAGGCGAUGAGGGACGACGUGGUGAGCAACGGGUGGCCUUUGGAUGCCGAUAUCAAGCGGCAGGAGUGGGGGCUGGUGGAUUUCCGCGUCAAGGAUCCCGCUGGGUAUUAUUCGCGCUUCACGAGCAGAAGCAAGGGAGAGUGCGCGGGGAGAACACAGAACAUGCAGUAA